CAUAGGAGGCGGAGUUACAACAUCCGAGAAGAAGAAGGAGUCCUCCCCGGCAGUGUUGAAGCUAGCUGAUGGCAGCAUUGUAACAAAGAUAAUAAGCAGAUAUUAACGGCUCCUGCUGAUUUGUGAGAGAUGCUGACCUCAUCUUAACAGUGACCAGAGCAGCUGAUGCAGGACAGCCGGACACAAAACAGAGCGAUCAUGGCGGGUCGGCAGCCCAGAGCUGCAGCUGCUGCAGACGGCUCCUCAGAGGCCAGAAGGACAGAACUCAGGGCCACUGAGAAGAAGUGCUCAUGGGCCUCCUACAUGACCAAUUCUCCUACUGUGAUAGUGAUGAUAGGGUUGCCCGCUAGAGGGAAAACCUACAUGGGUAAGAAGCUGACGCGCUACCUCAACUGGAUUGGAGUGCCAACUAAGGUAUUUAACCUUGGGGUUUAUAGAAGAGAAGCAGUGCAGUCUUACAAAUCCUAUGACUUCUUCAGGCAUGACAACAAAGAAGCAAUGCAAAUCAGAAAACAGUGUGCUCUGGUGGCACUGGAAGAUGUCAAGGCCUAUCUGAAUGAGGAGGGAGGCCAGAUCGCUGUUUUUGACGCCACUAACACCACCAGAGAGAGGAGGGACCUCAUCCUUAAUUUUGCAAAGGAUAAUUCAUACAAGGUGUUUUUUGUUGAAUCAAUAUGUGACGAUCCAGAAGUCAUCGCCACUAAUAUCCUGGAUGUGAAGGUUUCCAGCCCAGAUUACCCGGAGAGAGACAGAGAAAGUGUGAUGGAAGAUUUUCUGAAGAGGAUAGAGUGUUAUAAAGUGACAUAUCAACCUUUAGAUCCGGACGAACAUGACAAGAACCGCUCCUUCAUCCAGGUCAUAAAUGUCGGCCGUCGCUUCUUAGUCAACAGGGUGCAGGACUACAUCCAGAGUAAAAUAGUUUACUACCUCAUGAACAUCCACGUGCACUCCCACUCCAUCUACCUGUGUCGGCACGGAGAGAGCCAUCACAACGUGGAGGCACGCAUCGGGGGGGAUGCUGAGCUGUCAGAGAGAGGGAAGCAGUUUUCAGCAGCACUGAAGGGUUUUGUGGAGGAGCACCGUCUGUCGGACCUGAAGGUCUGGACAAGUCAGCUGAGACGCACCAUUCAGACAGCCGAGGAGCUGGGAGUCCCAUACGAGCAGUGGAAGAUCCUCAAUGAAAUAGAUGCUGGAGUGUGUGAAGAAAUGUCCUAUGAAAUGAUUGAGGAAACAUACCCUGAGGAGUUUGCAAUGAGGGAUCAGGACAAGUACCAUUACCGUUACCCUGGAGGAGAAUCCUACCAGGAUCUGGUUCAGCGGCUGGAGCCCGUCAUCAUGGAGCUGGAGCGACAGGGCAACGUGCUCGUCAUCUGUCAUCAGGCUGUCAUGAGAUGCCUCCUUGCCUAUUUCCUGGACAAGAGCGCAGAUGAUCUUCCCUACUUGAAGUGUCCCCUGCACACUGUCCUGAAACUCACCCCUGUGGCGUAUGGUUGUAAAGUGGACAUGUUUGACCUGAAGGUGGAGGCUGUCAACACCCACCGGGACAGACCAUUAAGUAAAGUCACAACAAACACUGUGCCGCCCACUUUCCUCCGGAGAAACAGCUUCACCCCGUUGUCCAGCCAAGACCAGAUCAAACGGCCCCGUCUGUACAGCGUGGGCAACCCUCCGCAGGCCCGCAUGUCCCAGGCCCCCACCUUACCCAGCAUGCAGUUCUCUGAGGCUUCUGAGGGGGCAGAGCUGCUACAAAGUGUAGACUCUGUAAACGGCUUCAGUGCAGCAGACACAGACAACUCUGUUCGCAGUUAAGAAGCUCAAAAAGAGGCUUUUCUCCACGUGGAUGUAGUAUCUCGACGACCAGCAGUAAAGUCUCCACCAGCUUCAGCCAUCACAUUUUGAAUCAAUGUAUCUCACCAUAUCUGUGUAACGCCAUAUGUGUUAUCUCUUUGUUUUUGGUUUGUUAGAAAGGUUAUGUGCUUGUUAGUGAUUGUACACAGACAUGAUAUCGAUGCCUUUGCACAGAAGCCUUCAAAUCUAUGCUGAGAUCCAGCUCAGUUUAAUAAUGAUGUAAAGAUUCCUAGUAAGGAAAUACUCAGCACCCUCCAGAUUGUGAAGACACUGUCAUUGUUUUCUAUAUUAAAUGUAGAACAUGUUAAUUGUGAAUUGCAUACCUCAAUGGAAGAUACUACCUGUUUUACUUUUAGACAGUUCUCCUCUUGAAGGAAGCCAUAUACAUCCUCUCAGAUUAUUUUUUUAUCUUUUUAAACACUCCCAGGUUGUGUCCUCAGGUGAAGGUUCUGGUGUAGUUUGAAGCUUUUAUGCUUGUGAUGGGCAGAAAAAACUAAAUGUAAGAUGUUUCGCCCAGCCCUAUAAAACGUACGGCAGCUACUGUUCCUUUUUCCUGUCUGACUAAUAUUCCACUUUUCUCUUCAGUAAUGCCUACCUGUAUGUUUUGCCUUCUACUCGGAUAACAGCUUUAAUAUAUAACGCGGUUCACUGUGAUAAAGCUGACAGCUUUUGAACUCCUUAAAAUGUAUGCCAACAUUGCAAACACAAAGUGCUCAUGACUCUAGGUGAACUGUAGUGUCCUCAUAGUUAUACACAAAUGAGUUGUGUAAUUCCAGAUAAAAUAAAGAUACUUUUUGUUAAUUAAAAGCUUUUAAGUUACCAUAUGAAUAAUCUCUAUUCACUUUUAAUAAUAAUGUCAGCAAUUGAUCGAUAUUUGGAAAGUGCCUUUUUUUUAAAGGACUAAAAGGCUGUGACAAUAGCAAUGUUAUUUUAGCAUCUUGGUUUGAUUUGCAACCCUAUGUUUCACCUGUUUUGAAGGAUUGACAAUAUAUUUAGAAAAAAGUGCUUCAGUGUUAUUGCACAUUGUGGCGUACAUGUUUCAUUUAAUAAAGUUAAUUUAAAUGCCA